AAUCUGUAGGCCUUAUAUGGCCUUGUGGAAUCAGAAAAAAUAUAUGCCUUAAACUUUGAUUAUUUUAGUUAUAAGAUGACAUAACCGCUUUGUGUAGAAUUGCUGGCUCGGUACAGUAGAACAGAUAAGGGCAAGUGUUUGUUCUUUGUAACUCUUCUGCAAAUGCUUCGCUCACCGCGGCCUUGAAGGUAGAAAAAAAAAAAAGUAUGUACAAAGUAGAUUUCCAGGUGCAAGAAGGAGGUUUGUGAACUAACCCUAUCUCCCCCAUAAUUCCCAUCCUGAUAACAGCAAAGAAAUAAUGAAGUAAUAUUAUAGCCGCUUUUCAUGCUAAUUUCACUAUAUGAUCACGUGAGUUGUAAGCGACUGUUAAAAAGUAUAUAAGCCUCCUGAUUUUGCUCUUGGGGGGGGACCCCUUCCAAGUGCUUGGGAAAUCCAUGUCACUUUGGAACUCCCCCUACAGCUGUAGUUUCUUUUGAAUAAAAGCUUCUGCUGACCUGACCCAAAAGUACUCUGUGUGUGUUUCCACGACAAUUCCUGGUGCCGUGACUCGGAUCCAGAACACAGGCUGAGGAAGGAGGACCGCAGGCUACCCCCCCCCCGAACCCUGAGGCGCCAAACUUGAGAGGUCUGUUCAUUCACAGGUCCAAGAAGCCUUACCUCAACCACCGGAUGUUCCCUGUCACAACCUCGAACCAGGGGAUUGGAUCUAUGUAAAGGUCUAUCAACGGAAAAACGCACUUCAACCCAGAUGGAAAGGACCUUUCCAGGUACUUCUGACCACUAAUUCUGCUGUUCGUUGCCAAGGUCACCAAACGUGGACUCACGCCUCGCACUGCAAGAAGGUAUCACCUCCAUUGGACCCCGAAGCAGCUGUAUUCCAACCAAGGUUGGGAUCUUUCCCUGAGGCCAAGGACAAAGACCCUCAGGACCUCACUCAGGCAAGUGAGGAGCAUCAGGGUGCAAGUGCUAGUAACCUCUCCCCUGCACCCAACACCUCAGCCCAGCCGGAUUCAUCAGUUGAAGAACGAAGAUAUCAUCUUCGGCCUCGAAGAAAGUGAAUGCUCCCAUUCGGAAGAUCACCACCUCGAUCAAGACCAAGAGCCGACAUUAUCAGUCCUUUAGGUAACUUGAGCCCAGAGGACGAAGAAAGACUUUGGCUGCCAUCCUGGGUUUGGCUGGUAGUGUUCUUUUUCUUACUGGUGCUGGUUAUGUUUGUUGUUAAGAUUCUUUGUCCCUCCUGUAUCUAAAAAUGGCACUGAUAUCCUUAUAUAUCACACUUGGGUAUCUCAGUAUCACCCAAGGGGGGUGGGAGAAAAAUUUGUAUUUGCAGAUCUCCCAUGCGGUGGCUCAAGCUGGAAAUAAAAGUGACUGCUGGAUAUGCUCUCACAGCCCAGCACACCUACACCAAGGAAUCCCAAUGAUCGGAGUACCAAUAUCCCUCCAGCAAUGGGGAACAAUAAACGGCGGCUUCGUUAGACACUACUCGUUAGCUGCCCAUCGAUCCGCUCCUAAAGAAUGGAGGGCCGCCCCUGCUAACUGGAUAAUCUCCCCAAGAGUAGAGGCGCCUUUCUGUUACAGAUCCAACAACACCGGAGCUUAUAAUAAAGCCACACCUGUAGGACACUACCCUCAUUGCCUAACUACUCUAGAUUAUAGCCCUAGUAGCACCAGUGGAAUCCUGUUGGGUAACGUACCCUCUCUCAAUUGUACAGGAUUCAUGGUCUACAACUUUUCUAAGGAACCUCAUGUUGCUCUCAUUGCAAACAGAUCAGAAUUUUACAUUCACUCCAAUUUUACUUCUUGUAAUAUAUCUCGGUCCAGCAGAAUAACAGCUGAACGUGGACCGUCCUAUACGAUGCAUAUCAAUCGAAAGUGCCGGAUAGGGCACAACAACUGCCGAGAUUUGAGUACCCUUUCUGCCCCAGGCCUUUACUGGCUCUGCGGAAACAGGGCUCAUAAAAUCUUGCCCUGGAAUUGGGUGGGGGCAUGCACUCUUGGACGUGUUAUCCCUGGUUUCGAAAUGCAUAGUGCAAUAUAUCUGGAACAAGUAAAAAAUUUCAACCAUCACAUGAAAAGGGCGGUUAACCCCUUAGCUACCAGAAACACAGGGUUCCAUCGAUUUGUGAGAACCUUCAUACCGUGGCUUGGAGUAAGAGAAUUGGAACUAGCCAUAAUUAACAUUUCAGCCACAAUGGAAGCUAUGGGAAAUGCCACUGCGGAUGCAAUUCAGGCUCUGCAAAAAGAGAUCUCCCAGAUCUCACAAGUAACUAUACAACACCGCAUAGCCCUAGAUUACCUAUUGGUAUCCCAGGGAGGAGUAUGUGCCUUAGUAAACUCCACCUGUUGUGUCUAUGUCAAUCAGGACAUGCGAAUCGAAACUGACAUUCGCAAAAUCCGAAAUCAGUUAAGGGUCCUACAUCAAGUGGCCUCAGAAAAUACUGACUGGGGUCUAGAAGAAAUGUGGUCUUGGCUAACCUCCUGGCUCCCAGAUUUCGGGGCCCUUGGCAAGAAAAUCCUGUAUGGAAUAUUGUUUGUCUUGAUAGUUCUGAUAAUGUUCUAUGUCUUAAUGCAACUGAUCCUCUGCUGCGUGAAAGCCAGCAGGGGAAGCUUUAGCAAGGCAAGAAAACCCACAGCAGAGUCUAGAAUAAUGGUGUUACAAAAGUGUGAGCAGAUUGAAAGAAAACAUGAAAGGCUGCAUGAUGAAAUAGAGGGGCUCAUGAGAAUGGAAAUUUAAGGCUAAAGUGAGACUAAAUAGUCUCAAAGGGGGGGGCUGUGGAAUCAGAAAAAAUAUAUGCCUUAAACUUUGAUUAUUUUAGUUAUAAGAUGACAUAACCGCUUUGUGUAGAAUUGCUGGCUCGGUACAGUAGAACAGAUAAGGGCAAGUGUUUGUUCUUUGUAACUCUUCUGCAAAUGCUUCGCUCACCGCGGCCUUGAAGGUAGAAAAAAAAAAAAGUAUGUACAAAGUAGAUUUCCAGGUGCAAGAAGGAGGUUUGUGAACUAACCCUAUCUCCCCCAUAAUUCCCAUCCUGAUAACAGCAAAGAAAUAAUGAAGUAAUAUUAUAGCCGCUUUUCAUGCUAAUUUCACUAUAUGAUCACGUGAGUUGUAAGCGACUGUUAAAAAGUAUAUAAGCCUCCUGAUUUUGCUCUUGGGGGGGGACCCCUUCCAAGUGCUUGGGAAAUCCAUGUCACUUUGGAACUCCCCCUACAGCUGUAGUUUCUUUUGAAUAAAAGCUUCUGCUGACCUGA